AAAAUAUUUGACCGUCUUUUUCAGAGCUCAGAUCCUCGCCGGAAAAAAAUGACGAACCCUAACGGCGCCGUCACGGACAAACCGGACGACCUGGAAAUCACCUCUAUCGGUUCCCUCUACUCCGGCCCCUGGGAUAAGAAGUACUGGAGCUCCUCUAGGGGGAAAGAUCGGUAUCCGUAUCCGAUCGGGUAUAGAGCUCUUCGAGCUCAUAAUGGGAGCACAUAUAAGAUGGAGAUUCAAGAGGGGCCUAAAGGACCUUUGUUUUUGAUUGUUGCCGCAGAUGGGCAGUCAUUUUCGGGGCAGACUCCAGAUAUUGCUUGGGAGAAAUUACAGAAGAAAUGCUUCCCUCGCACGAAAAUUUGGCAUGGGAAGAGGUUUUCGUGCAAGAUUGAUGGUGUGGAGUUUUUUGGGUUCAAAAAUCUGUUUGUCCAGAGGCUACUUAGGGAGCUGGCAGCAGAUAUUGACGGAGCAGCGGAGCGAAGUUUGUUAGCCUCGAGCUUCUGCAAUGGAGCUUCUAGUACAGAUGUUGAUAAUCGCUCCCCUGAGGCAGGUUUGGACCAGGGAAGACCAAAAAUUACGGGAAAGAGAACUAGGAAAUGUGAAAGUGGAAACAGAAAGUCAUCUAGUCGGACAGGCAUUAAAAGGACCAGAACUGAAGAUCUAGUAUCUGUUUCUAAAGCUUUGAAUCCAGUGGAAGAGAAUAAGAGACAUAGUAAUAGUGGGAAACCCAUGUCUUCUUCUUUAAAUGAAGAACAUGUUAUACCAGCACCAUUGCCACCAUUUGUGCAUUUAGUAUCUGUUCAACAAGAAGAGAACGAGAUUUCAGCCAAAGAUUGUUUGCCAUUGGAUUCUGCUGGCUUCUUGAACCAUCUCUGCAAGGAUAGUAUCCCCAAAGAAUCAGAUGGUCUUGGAACAUGUAAAUCCACUCCGGAAGACAUCAACAAAUCCAUGUGUGAAAGAAAAUUUGAUACUAAGAUGGAAGCCAUUAAUUUUCCAAUGGCACCAGAUGACCAAAAGGUAGAUGCUACAUUUCCAAAAGAUUGCCGAGGUCUUACCGAUGUUGAACUUUAUGCUCCUGAUACAUUGGAUUAUACACAAGAUAAAACAGCAGAUGCUUCUUCAACUAUCCAACUUUUUGCUCCUGAUACCUUAGAUUUUACACAAGUUAAUAAUGCAGGUUCUUCUUCAACCAUCCAAGAUAGAAGUGCCUUAGAUGUGGUCAUUGCUGAUGGGCUGCUGACUGAAUCACAUCCAGAAGAUGAAAUGCCCAAUAAUAAAUCAAACACGAGUUCACAGAAUUUUGAUUUUGAUUCAGUUGGUCAGGAAAUGGCGAAGUCCAUGAUGACAUUUCUUCUUCCGCAAGCUAUUCCUCUCCUCAAUAAACACUCUAGGAAGAAAAAGGGUAGUGGUAGCCCUUCAAAAGUUCUGCCUUGCACAGUGAAAUCUCAGAAGCAAAUCAAUGAAACCACUGCUCCAUCCCCUGGUUUAAUACUUGCCCAUGAAGAUGCAACAUUGGAAAAGAUACAUUCCCAAUGUACUGAUCUUGGUCCGAUUGCUCCGAUGAAGUCUAUCAUUCCUGACAGUUUAGAUGAUGAUCAAUAUGGUGACCAUGUUGCCAAUCACUUGAUAUCAUCGUGUGAUAAGGGUGAAGCUGAUCAACUUAAUUCUGAUGGUGCAUUCCCUGUGAAUAGUCAUGGAGGUUUUGUUGCUGCAAAUGAGCAUGGGCAUCUUCUUGAUGCCAAGAAGUAUGACAAAUCGGUAGAUGAUCAGCUUGAGACCAAGGGAAGCAAGGAUGCACAUCUGUGUGAGGAAGUGGGAAGGCCUUCAACUGGGAGGGAUUCCAAAUAUGGCGAGUGCAUAGUGGAGUCUCUUUGUGUAUCUGCUCAUAAAAAAUCCUUUACUGAAGAAAUCAUGGAGAAGUCUUGUAUUGAUGAAUGCCGAGUAGGUACUAAUAUCAAUUCUAAGAAAAUGAAUGAUACUGCAGUUGAUCAUAGCAAAGCUGAAGAUAUUGUUGAUGAUAAAGAAAGUGGCAUGUUAAGCUCUUCAAAUAUAUCAGAGAAAGAAAUCUCUGCUAAGGCAGAGUUUACCGAAACUGGAAACAUGUCUUUUUCUCAUGCUCCCAACUUAGUGUAUACCAGGAGAAAGGUUCAGACUAAAUCUCAUGGGAAAGGCAGUAACAGUUAUCCAGUCUCAGAAACUAAAAUAUGCAAAAACAAGGUCUCUGAGACAUAUCCUUCCACAGAAACUCUGCAGGUGGGUUCUUCUGAUGACAGUUUAGUGAGUUUACAUAAAAGAGAUUCAAUUUGUGCUGAAGCCAAGAUUGUUGGAGACUCCUGUUUGAAUGCACAGGAACCUUCCAUGAAUUCUAAAGCUGUAUUAAACAGCAUCUAUCCAGCUGUAUUACAAGAUCAAGCAUUAUUAGUUGGUCAGAAAGAUACUUCAUACUCUUCGGAUUUGUCCGUCUCACAUGUAGAAAACCAAAUUGGCAAGAAUGUGGUUGGCCAUGAAAACCUCGUACAGUUCAUGGACAUUAGAAGAUCUUAUAAACAGGUGCCGAGUUUCACUAAUGAUCCCAAUAGCAUUCCAUUUAGUUCAGACUUGAAGCCUCACAAAAAGGAACUUAAUAAAAUUCUCGAGUUUGUGGGAUGCUAUACCCAACCCGUUCCUGUUCUGUCAGUAUUGUUGAGCACAAAGGGCAACUACAUUUACAUUUCAGUUUUAUGUGGCUUACUGGUUGGUAAGGACAUCAGCCUGUUCAUUUACAGGGUAGCCAUUGAGGAGCAGGAGGUUGGACAGCCUUCUCUUGUUGGUUACACAUCAGUAAUAUUGCCAGAUCUAACCAAUUUUAAUGGAAUGACUUUGGAAAGAUUCUGUCUACAGUUCAUCCCAGAUGGAGAGUGUCUUGUUUUACUUGACAGGAUCAAAGCUCCUUUCUGCAGGCAAGGAAAAACUAAUUGUCUGUGCACCACAUGUGUAUCAAGCUGCUCUGAAGAGAAUGCAAUUAAAAUUGUCCAAGUAAAACAUGGUUAUGUUUCAUUGGUGACAAGAUUGAAAGCAGUAGAGAGUCAAAGGUGUAUAUUGGUCUGCGAACCUAAUAAUCUUGUUUCUGUUGGAAAGAGUGGGAGACUGCACUUAUGGGCCGUGGAUUCAACAUGGAGUGCACAAGUGGAAUAUGUUGUUAUGCCAUCUGAAGAUUGCAUCUCCCCUGGCAUAGUGGACUUGAAGAGAAUUCCAAAUUGUACUCAUCUACUUGUUGGCCAUAAUGGUUAUGGUGAAUUCAGUUUAUGGGAUAUUUCUAAACGCAUCCUUCUGUCAAAGUUCUCUGCACCAAGUGGUUCUAUUUGCCAAUUUUUUCCUAUCAGGUUGUUUGCUUGGCAAAUGAAUUUCCCUGCUUCUAGCCACUUAAAUAUGGAAGAACAUGUCAAUCAAAUGAUGGCUUCAACAUCGAAGAAUCUAUCUUCGUUUGAAGGGGAAGAUGUUGCCGUAUGUCUUCUUGUUUCAACUUCUGAUUCUGAUGCUCAACAAGAUUAUGAAUUAGGCAACUGCCACCCAAAUCCAGUUGGAAAGUGGAGGCUUGCUUUAAUGGUGAAAAAUAUGGUGAUCUUCGGAGCAGUGUCGGAUUCAAGUGCUUCUGUCAUCGGUACUUCAGCUGGUCAAGGGAUCUGUGGUACAUGUGAUGGGCUUGUGUAUAUGUGGGAGCUAUCUUCAGGAACUAAGCUUGGCACCAUGCAUCAUUUUAAAGGUGGUGGCGUUUCAUGUAUUUCUAAUGAUGAUUCGGGAUCAGGUGCUGUAGCCAUUGCCGGGGAUAAUCAAGUGCUGGUUUAUAUGCGGUCUGGAAAAUAUUCUGUAAACUGACAUGCAAACAAAUUAUGUGCUCUCUUGCCUGUGAAUAUUAUAUAUAAACAAAUAAUUUCUAGCGCUUAGUAACACUGAAAAUAUCUGCC